UGAUGGGUCCCAUAGCAUUUACAAUCAGCAGCAGAAUCCCAAAACCCUGUCCCGUGUCUCUGUUUUUACCCCUCCUUUCUCUUCUCUCUUGUCUCUUCUUUUUAUGCUGUCCUUAACUAGAUCUUGUCCUCUCUCUUAUUAGAGAUCCCAUUGAGAAUUCUACACUGUCUCCUGCCUCCACACUCAUGGCUCCAGAGAAAAACAGUGACGGUUUGGACAACUAUGCAUUUACUGUUGAUGGUGUAGACCAUUUCUGUGAGUUACCGGAGAGUAAAAAUGGAAAUGAUCGUUUCCCAGAGGAGGGAAACAAUAGUAAGCUGGCAUAUUGUGUCACUGAUAUUCCACCAUGGUACCUUUGCAUCUUUUUGGGGAUUCAGCAUUAUCUUACAGCUUUUGGUGGCAUCAUAGCCAUUCCUCUGAUACUGUCUCAGGGCCUCUGUCUACAACAUGACAGCCUCACGCAAAGUCACCUAAUCAGCACUAUUUUCUUCGUGUCUGGGGUGUGCACCUUACUGCAGGUCACUUUUGGAGUGAGGUUACCCAUUCUCCAGGGUGGAACUUUUACACUACUGUCACCCACCAUGGCUUUGCUAUCAAUGCCUGAAUGGACCUGUCCUGCUUGGACACAGAACGCCAGCCUGGUCAACACCUCCUCACCUGAGUUCAUUAAUGUUUGGCAAAGCCGAAUGCAAGCGCUCCAAGGCUCAAUCAUGGUGGGCUCCCUAUUCCAAGUGCUAGUGGGAUUCUCCGGUCUAAUUGGCCUCUUCAUGCGUUUCAUUGGCCCUUUGACCAUUGCACCAACUAUUUCACUAAUCGGCCUAUCACUGUUUGACUCCGCUGGCAUGAACGCAGGACACCACUGGGGCAUCUCUUCCAUGACGACAUGUUUGAUUGUGAUUUUCUCACAGUAUCUUCGCCAUAUUUCCAUCCCCUUCCCCAAAUACAGCAAAGCCAAGAAGUUUCACACCAGCAGGAUUUACAUAUUUCAGAUUCUGCCUGUUCUGCUAGGAAUCACUCUGUCCUGGUUGAUUUGCUACCUUCUGACGAUCUACGAUGUCCUGCCCUCAGACCCUGAUAAAUAUGGCUAUCUAGCUCGGACUGACAUUAAAGGAGAUGUUAUGGGCAGGGCGCCAUGGUUCAGAUUUCCUUAUCCGGGUCAGUGGGGAGUGCCAACUGUUAGUCUGGCAGGAGUUUUUGGAAUCCUGGCAGGGGUUAUAUCCUCCAUGAUUGAGUCAUUGGGGGAUUAUCAUGCAUGUGCCAGAUUAUCUGGCGCCCCACCACCUCCCAGACAUGCCAUCAACAGAGGCAUUGCCAUUGAAGGCAUCGGGUGUCUGGUGGCAGGUGCCUGGGGAACAGGCAAUGGAACCACCUCCUACAGUGAAAACGUAGGAGCCUUGGGUAUCACUAAGGUUGGCAGUCGCAUGGUGAUUGUGUGCAGUGGCUUUGUAAUGAUUAUAAUGGGAAUGUUUGGAAAGAUUGGAGCCAUAUUUACUACAAUACCAACACCUGUUAUCGGAGGAAUGUUUCUAGUUAUUUUCGGGGUCAUUACGGCUGCUGGUGUUUCAAAUCUACAGUAUACAGACAUGAACUCUUCGCGCAACAUCUUCGUCUUUGGAUUCUCUAUGUUCACUGGGCUUGCUAUUCCCAACUGGAUAAUGAAAAACCCCUCAUCCAUAGCAACAGGAGUUGUUGAACUGGACCAUGUACUUCAAGUGCUUCUGACAACCAGUAUGUUUGUUGGAGGAACCUUUGGAUUUCUCCUUGAUAACACAAUACCCGGAACAAAACGUGAACGAGGUAUUAUUGCAUGGAACAAGGCCCACCAAAAUGAAUCAGACAACACCUUAGAAAGUGAUGACGUGUACGGGCUGCCCUUUGGAAUUAGUAGUUGCAUCUCCUCCUUCACAUGGUCCAAAUAUGUGCCCUUCUGUCCUUCACACAAAGUCAGCAGACAGGACGACACACCAACCAGUUUGGAUUCUUUAGACACCAAAUCAGAGCCUAACAAAGAUGAUACACACAUUAUAGCAGGGGUGGCACUAUAGUCUGAGAUGAGAUUUCAAUUUUGAAAUAAGUUAAAAAAGGCUCUUAAUUCUGUGACUCUUAAGGUACGGACUGAACUGAGAAGGCAGCUACUGCAUGUACUUAAUUCUGAGGCACUGUUCAAAUAUAUCUCUCUAUUUUCAUCUAGCCCUAUAUGAAUCACCUGUCAACAUACUGUAUGUCAAUGUGAAUGAUUUUACUUCAGUUUUUAUUUUCAUCACUACUUCUUUUCACUUUAAAUAAUAUGUCUGAUAUGUAACCCAUCAUCUCAACUUUUUAUAAACAAUAAAUUAUUAUUCGUCA